AAUAUGAACAUGAAACUAGUAGUUAAGGAAAGAAGCAGCUGGACAUUUAUAAGUACAGUAAGUGUGUUUGAUUGCUAUAGUAUAUAAAAUUUAAUAGAGUGAGAUCAAAGAAAGAUAAGAAUUUACAAAAUUUAGAAGACGUUAUUUAAAAGUUUAUCUGAGGCAGGGAAAGAAAACGAGAGAUCGACUUGGAGACCACACAACCUAACCAGGUCCAUCUGGUCACUUCAGGGGAAAUACAGUUCAGCCAUUCAGAUCAGCCAAGUGUAUUGUUUUUCUGACGUCUUCAUGAUGGGAUCAGAUAAUAGGAACACCUCGUUAAACAUGACAAACCAUUCCGAGGAUAAGAGCAUUUUGAGUAACAAUAUCUCUGUUACCUUUGGGGCCCUCAUCCUCAGCAUUGUCUUCCUUCUGGGCGUUCCUGGCAACCUCUUCAUUAUAUGGAGCAUCCUAGCACGUGCCCGCAAACGCUCCGUCACCACCCUGCUCAUUCUCAACCUGGCUUGUGCAGACGGUUGUCUGAUGUGUCUGACGAUUUUCUUUAUAAUAUACCUAGCCAAGCAGAACUGGAUAUUUGGAAGUGUCAUGUGCAAGAUGCUUUUUUACUUGUGCAAUACAAACAUGUAUGCUUCUAUUAUGAUCAUUACGCUAAUGAGUCUACACAGACUAGUGGCAGUGAUGUGGCCCAAAUACUUGACUGCCUGCACUCGUAGACGGACAGUAUUACUUGUGCUUGGAGGCCUGUGGAUUGUCGUAUUUCUUUUGGCACUUCCUGCUUUGAUAUUCAGAAGAGAAAUUAAGAAUGUCAAUGGGAAGGAACGCACUGUGUGCGCAACUCAUCACGACUGUCCACAGCAUGUGGUAUUUCAGUACACACUUGAGACAGUAGUGGGCUUUCUGGUACCAUAUGUGAUCAUCGUCUGCAGUUAUGUAUGUAUCCUUCGCCGCCUCAGACAGACCGUGUUCAAAAGAAGGAUACGAAGUGAGAAUCUUAUUCAAGCCAUUAUUGUGACGUUCUGCAUUUUUUGGCUUCCUUACCACAGUAUUAAUAUAGUGCAAGUGGUAGCAGCUCUUACACCAAAGGAAUCACAACUCAAAAAAAAUCUGGAUAACUUCUGGCAGUCCAGCCGUGCUGUUAUGUCCGCUCUGGCUUUUAUCAGUAGUUGUGCCAAUCCUGUCCUCUACACGUUUGCUGGACGCUCCUACAUCAAAGCUGAUGGCCUGGCAUUCAUGGCCAGACUCUUUGAGGGCACUGUCCUGGACUAUAGUGCACAGAGAAGCACUCAGACCACAGAGGCCACCAGGCUCUAAACCUCAUUGGAUCACAGACACAUAAAAAUGAAUCUUGGACAAUAAAUUGUAUACUUUGUCAUCAGUUUGUAUUGUGAUGGAUAGAGUAGGGAUGAAAAAGGUCAACAACUUCCCCUAAAGACCUGUUUUUUUUAAUUUAUCAAUUGACUGAAUUCCAUUAUAAAUUAGCUAAUGUAUUUAUGCUGCUUGCAAUCUUUUCAAAAUCAGCCUUCAAGUUUGUAAAAUGUUCAUACAAACCAGACAUGCCCGCAGCCGUUAUUUCUGUUAGUUUAGCUUAAUGAUGCUGUUCUUUAUGUGAUUAUUUCUUCUUUAUUGAGAUAGUAUAUCACUGUUUUGGUUUUCAAUGAUACCUUUAUGACGUGAUUUGACAUUUCGAGCUGUUCAUGAUGCCAAACGAGCAAUCACUCUGAUGUGCCGCGAUUAUAACCAUAUAUGGCGUGAUGUUUAUCAUGUUAGAUGAUCGCGUAUGUCUUAUAAUGUACAAUGUGAUACCUUAUUUCCCUUCCUGGAUUAUAUAUUUCUCGGAAACAUGUUACUGAUGUGGAUUUAGUAUACUUAUAUGUCUUUAUGUACCAAUGGAUGUGUAUUAUUGUAUAUGCCUAGUUAUUCAUUAUCCUUUAUUGUAUUUCUUGUGUUCCAGACUAAUGCCUCUACUGCCUGUCAUUGAUAAUCUCCUAUCAAUACAUUCCCUAAACCUGA